GAGCGGCCACAAUACUUAUGUGCAGCACAUACCACCUUCGCAGCGCAGGUAACUCGGGGAAGGCCAUGAUGAACACUGACUCUGUGGCGUCGCGAAACGGUGCAGCAUCGCCUCCCGGCCUCGGACAUGUCGCCAAAGUCGAACUCGGCGAGACGGCCGAGGUCAAGGUUCGCUGCCUGUCGCGUUUAAGAGAGCUCAUCGCCGGGGACAAGCCACUACUUUGUCCGACGGACGACAAAUUUCUGGUCAAGUUUCUGCGGGCCCGGAAGUACAGUGAGGAAGCGGCUUUCAAGAACAUCCAGAAGUACUUCCGCGUUAAGCAAACGUCGGGAGACUUCUUCAAGAACCUCUCUCCGUACACGGUGCCUCUCAGCGCAGUGUUGCCCGACCAUAGGCUCAUGAUGGUGUCCAAGAGGAAGGACCCUGAGGGAAGGAGAGUGGCCGUUAUAAAGCUUGGUUCAUGGAACACCGGCGUGUGCUCGGUAACCGACCUCAUGAGGUCAGCGCUGGUGAUGGCAGAGUGGGCACUGCUGGACGAAGAGACGCAGGUUCGGGGAGUCGUGUGCGUGUUCGACCUCAAGAAUCUGCGCAUAAUGCACAUGGCGCAUUUCACGCCGGGAUUCGUCAAGAAGACGGCUCACAUUAUGCAGGAUUGUUACCCGGUACGCAUUAAAGCAAUCUACGUGAUCAAUAAUCCACCUGCGUACGAAAUUGUCUUCGCUGCUGUCAAACCUUUCCUGAAGUCGAAGCUUCUACAACGGAUCUACUUUAUGGGCGGAGACCUGCAAAAGCUUCACGGUGUACUUCCAGCUGACGUGAUACCCGUGGAGUAUGGUGGCACGCACGAAGACUUCGACUACUACAGGCUAGAAAAGGACGUGAAGAGCUCUCACAGCUACUUCGAGCACAUCAGCCGAUUCGGUUAUCGCACAGACAGCCUGAAGUAGCCAUUGAACUAAGACAGAAGCAAUACGAGUUGUUUGUUA